UACACAGUAUAAUAAUUUUCACAUCUUCGCUGUGUUUCCGUGGUUGAAUUUUAUUUGCGAUAAGAGAUCCGAAUAUCUUAACUAAUUGAUUAUUCUCGUUCAUUCGAGACUGUCUAUUUUUUUGAAUGUUUUUGGUGGAAAUCUAGAAAAUUCUAUUGUAUAUUUAUAAAGAAAUCGGUCGCCGGUUCUUCGAGAAUUCGAAAUCAAAUCUGAACUGAUCUUACCCUUCGCUAUAGUGCUCGUGAGCUUAUAAGUAGGUACUUCGCGUGCCAUUAGAAUUUGUUCGCGAUCGGGAGAAUCUACAAGUAAUCGUUACGAUCGUUUUGCAUUGAAGGUACUUACGUUGUUUUGCUCAGUCGACGAGAAAUAUUUAUUUUCAAAGUGUAUUUUUGAAACUGUCGGUCUAUUUUAUAUGUUUUUUAACGAACAAAAAUUUGUUAAGUAAAUGAAAUAGGUAUCUGUUCAGAAGUGUACUUACUCAUUUUUGUUUUUUAACGUGCAAAUUGUAAUUGAAAAGUUUAGUUGCGAAUAUUUACUGUAAGUGACAUCUGCAAAUAUGUUUCAACACGUCGUAAAUUCACGCCCGGAAAUAAAUAAACCCUUAUCAGCAAAAUAUGUGAAAAGUUUCGCUUACCCCACAUUCAAGAAAAGAUUGCCUGAUAUUUUACAAGGUAUCAUCGAAGACUUGAAAAACAAAGAAGAAUUUGAAUCGAAAUACGGAGAAAAAGCCGUUAAAGAACUCGAUGCAGUCAUUGAGAAAAUCACAUCGCUCAAGAGUGGUAUGGAAAAUGAUCAACCUUUAGUCGAAAUAAACGCAAACGGUUCGUUUUCCAAACACGCCGCUAUUUAUAACAAAGAAAUAAAACAAAGGCAGCAGGAAAAUGAAGGAAAACCUCCAACCUGGUUCCAAACCGACUGGCUUUUCGCCGAAUGCUACAAUUACUUCAAACUGCACGACAUUUUCUACACUAGCUCGUAUUUAAACGAAUACGAUCCAUUUUUGAGGGUGAAAAACGAUACUCUAUUAGCUUCCAAAGGACCUGUCUUGCAGCUGAGUAAAUGCAUCGUUGAUAAUCAAGCCAAGUGUUUAUUCACUUCUAAGGAAAGAAAAGAUAUGUUCAUUUUCUUAUUGAAGUGUUCGCUUUGGGGUAAUAAAGCUGACUUGUCGUUAUCCUGCGGAAAACCAGUUGCAGCCAAUGAAGAAACAUUUGCAGAAAUGAACUUAAUGGAUAGAAAUAUUCUAGUCAACGAUUUAGAAGAAGUUUACAAUCUUUUGAAUACUAACGAAGAACAAAUCAUCGAUAUCGUUUUGGAUAACGCCGGAUACGAGUUAUUCAACGAUUUGUGUUUCGCUGAUUACCUCGUGAAAGCUAAUUUCGCCAAAAAAGUCAUUUUCCAUGGUAAAUUGAUUCCUUGGUUCGUAUCUGACGCCACUGCCAUAGAUUUCACCUCCAUCUUCGAUAUAUUACUAAAUCAAUUGAAAUCCGAACACAUAGUUACGCUUGUUCAAGAAUGGUCGAAACAUUUGGAAAAUGAUAAAUGGGAAUUCCGUGCAGAACCAUUCUGGAUUACACCCUACGAUUACAGCAAAAUGUCAACCGUAGAUCCGGAACAAUAUGCUCAACUAGCCAAACACAAAUUAACCAUUUUCAAAGGCGACUUGAACUACCGGAAAUUAGUCGGUGAUAUUUACUGGGAACCUACGACUAGUUUUAAAACUGCUUUACGAGGCUUUGAACCCACUAAUGUACUAUCACUACGAACUGUAAAAGCUGAUACUAUAGCUGGCUUGAAAGAAGGUGUUUUCGAAGAACUUACGGAUAAAGAUCCGAGUUGGUUAAUAACCGGAGAGUAUGCGCUUAUUCAGCUUCUAAAAAAGAAAUAAUCUGAUGUUUUUUAAAAUGAAUUUUUAUCACUUUUUACGAAAGAUAUAUCUAGUACUUAGGUAUCAAUUUUUAUACUAUUAUGAAUGCAGCUUUUUAAAUAAAAUAUUUUAAGAAAGCGG